AACUCGAAAGCGAAUUCUUCGUUUCAUAAAGAAGCAACCAAGACCCAUUAAGCAUUCUCUACAAAUUCCCUUUCCCUUCUUUAGCUCCCUCUGCUCUCUGCCAUGGCGGCCAAGCUGACCCAGGAGCAGGCGGACGAGUGCAAGGAGAUCUUCGACCUGUUCGACGGCGACGAGGACGGCCGCAUCGCCGCCGGCGAGCUGGUCACCGCGCUCCGCUCCCUGGGCCAGAACAUCGACGAGGCGGAGGCGCGACAAUUCCUCGAGGACGCGGGCGCCAGCGAAGGCGCCACCAGCAUCGACCUGGCCACGUUCCUGGCCGUGGCGGCGCGCAAGGCGAACGCGGGCGUGUCGGCGAAGGGCCUGGCCGACUGCCUGGGCGCGUUCGACGACGACGGCAGCGGGGUGAUCCCCGCGGAGCAGCUGCGGCAGGUGAUGGUCUCCCACGGCGACCGGCUGACGGAGGAGGAGGCCGACGAGCUGGUCCGCAAGGCGGACCCCCGCGGCGAGGGCCGCGUCCAGUGCAAGGAGUUCGUCAAGGUGCUCAUGAACAAACCUUGAGCGAGCUCGUGUUCGUCAAGCCUUGAGCUCUUCUUUUUGGCAAUGAAUGUGGAGGCCGAUGAGGAAAUAAUUCCUUGUUUUCUGAAUUUUGUGAUGUAGUAUUGAGUUGUGGAUGCCUUGUACCUAGCUGCAAUACAUGUAACUUCUGUUGUAUACAUGAGAUUCUAAGUGAUCCUGAACACUUUAGGAAUACAAUGUAAUUGGCUAAA